AAAAACAUUGCCCAAGAACAACAAAUAAAUUACCCUUCAGAGAAACACCAUAAAACAGCACACUUAAUUAACUCAACUCCCCUUUACUUCACCUUUCAUUUGAAAAUCUCUGUUCCUUCCUCUUCACGAGGUUGCACGCCUAUUUCUCUUUACUCUUAACUAGUACUAUUUCUCCAGCUCUUUCUCUCUCUCUGUCUCUUGUUCUUUAACCAAUGAAAGGCUCUCAUUCCCCUAUUAAAAUAUUAACAAGUUCCUCAUUUUUUUACUAUAUAACUUCUUCUUUGUAGUUUGAUACAACAACUCUCAUGCAGUUGUAGUUUUGUUGUUGGUCUUACUUAAAAGUGGAAUUUGAGUUUUGAAAAAACUCUGUUGAAGCCGUUACUUUCUUCAUAAAUAGGGCUUGGUGAAGCUGAAGUGUAACUGAAAGUGCUGAAACGUUUUUGUUUUAUGGAGAGAGUGGCGGUGGCAGGCGGGCCUAGGAGGGCGAAAUGGCAGUACCCGCAAGCGCAACAGACGCCGAGGAUUCUUCAGCUGCCGCGGCGGCCGAGGAAGAAGGUGGUGAAGAGUGGUGGGAAAGCGGGUGGAAGGGAGAAAAGGGGCAGACUUGAGGUGUUGUUUGAUCAGGAGAGGGAGUUUUCGAGAGGGGUUGUGAGGGAAGUUGUGGUGGUGAGUGAGGAAGAAAGGAGAGGGAGAGUAGAGGAGAGUGGUGGUGGUGGAGGAGGAAGAGGGGGAAUAACGGAGGUGGAGGAAGAGAAGUGGAGGUUUCAGGCUGAGAUGUUGAGAGCUGAGUGUAAUCUUUUGAGGAUUGAGAGAGAAGUUGCGGUUAAGAAAAUGGAGAGGAGGAGAGUUCAAGUGGAGAGGAUCCUGAGAUCUGCCAUUCAAACUCUUGUUUCUGGGAGGAGCAAGAUUUGUUCAGGAGAGGAUGUGAGCAUAGUACUGGAAAAUGAGAUAAUGCAUUUGACACAGAAGCUAGAGAAGCUGCAAAGAAGAUCGGGAGUUAAGUAUUUGGAGGGUAAGAAAUGCAGUAAUUUCGAUGAACAAGCGUCUCUGCUUCAACGACGACUGGUGAAAGUUGAAGGAAAAUCCGACGAGAUGUGUGUCAAGGAAAUUAGCGAAAUGGCAGUAGCAAGCUUGUCAAUCCAAACAAGUUGCAGAGUGGAUGAGAGCUCCAUUUCAAAUGAGAACUGCCAUGUGGAGAUUCUGAGGAGGAAAAUGGAGGGCUUGUCGAAAGGGAUUUUGUUGGAGAGAAUGGAGGAAGAAUAUGGUUCAAUGCCCUCCACAGCCACCAGUUCUGCUUCUACUUCAAAGCGAAUUGAGUUUCCUGAAAUGUCUUCGGUAUUAGUCUGGCAGCCAUAUAAGGUGAAGUCUCAAGAGGAGAAGAAGUGUUCAGGACAUUGCAAGGCAAUAGUGCGAAGGAUUGUUGAGCAAGUUCGGGCCGAGACUGAGCAAUGGUCUCAGAUGCAAGAGAUGCUGGGGCAGGUACGGGAUGAGAUCGAAGAAUUGCAGGCAUCUCGAGAUUUUUGGGAAGAUCGUGCAAUUAAUUCAGAUUAUCAGAUUCAAUCCUUAGUCUCCGCGGUGCAAGAAUGGAAACAAAAAGCACUUUCUUCAGAAGCAAAAGCAGAUGAGCUACAAGCACAAGUGGCAAUGCUUCAGAAGAAGAUUGAGAGGUUGAGGAAGGAGCAAGAUAGUGGAGCAUUAAGGGCUGAAACCUCGUCACCACUUGCCCGGGAGUCCCAGAACGAAACCGAGAAACGAGUACUAAUCUGUCGCUUGAAGGAAAAUCAUCGCGGCAUUGACAACGUCAACAAGCAGAGGGAGGCCUUGAAUGAUGGAAGAAGAAAAGCAAGGUCAUCGAGCAAUGCACUUGUUUCUCCAAAGCGAUCGCCCUUGCAAGAUAUCGGUAAUCAGUCACUGUUGACAAGGCAGAAUAGCAGAGCGAUUUUCCCUUUGCAUUCUAAUGCAGAGAGCAGGUUUUGAGAGCUGCUGCAAAGGUCUAUUCUUCCUUCAUCAUUAUGUUAACUAAAUGUGAAGCUUCUUGGCUGAAGAACUGGCUUGAAGUUUCACUAACAGAAAUCAUCAUCAUGGUGGCUUUAAAAAUUUCUAUAGUUUUGGGAGCAAGCAAGCAUCCCAAAAAAUCUGAGGACCCGGUAGCGGGACGGGGACAAGAACAGGUGUUGGAUGAGUAUACCAUGUCAUCAAGUUUAGACGGGGCAUCUGUUCAAUAGAGUAUUUUCGUGUUUAUAAUAAUUUUUGAAAACCAUUGGGUAUGACGAAUGGUAUGAAUGGAAUGAAGGCGAUCGAGGCUCAGAGAGGGUUUUGGAAACGGAUUAAUUGUUUCUUAAAUAAAACGCACAUUUGAUAUAGUUUUGUUGAAUUAAUAUGAUGUAGUAUGUUUA